UCCCCAUCACUACCCCUGGUGCACACCACCCAGCACUUUCAAGGCAGGCGACCGGGGGGUGGCUGGCGGGCAACUCUUAUUUGUUCUCAGAGACACGCACAGAGAGCGAGGGAGUGGGUAGGGGGGGGAGAGACGCACACAGACGAAACAGAUACACACACACACCAGGAACGGGGAGAGAGAGAGGGGGGCAGGUCCCCGAGCGUAGCCUUCAAAGGGCGGCGGGCAGAGCGCCAGACGCGGCGCGGUAGCAUCGCGGGUCAUAGAGCGCGGAGCAAAGAGCGGCAGGUCCCGGGCACUCGGGACAUCGGCACCGGCAAAGCCACCUCUUCCACCUUCUCCUCCACCUCCUCCUCCUCCUCGCCAUGCGCGCUCACGUCGCGCUCUGCCUCGCUGCUCUCUUCAUGCACGGGGACGCUCACGUCGGGAUUGAGUCGUGCAACAGGCCGCUUGUGGGAGGGCUCGCCCCCGACUCGUUCCGUGCCUCCUCCAUGCUGUCAGCGAGCCACAGCCCGACCUUCGCGAAGCUGAACCACCGCGACGGUGCAGGCGGCUGGACCCCUGCACACAACGACCAGACACCCUGGCUACAGCUGGAGCUGUCUGGCCGAGCGGAGGUCACGGCGCUCGCCACUCAAGGCCUCUAUGGCAGCUCGGACUGGGCGUCCAGCUACCUACUGCUCUAUGGAGACUCGGCGAGGAACUGGAGGCAGUACCAGGAGGACGGAAACGCUUGGGUGUUCCCAGGCAACAAGAACUCUGACAAGGUCGUGCGCCACGACCUGCAGAACUCCAUCGUCACGCGAUUCCUGCGCUUCAUGCCGAUUGAGUGGAAUCCCGAGGGCCACAUUGGACUUCGCGUCGAGUUGUACGGCUGUCCUUACAGGUCGUCGGUGGCUUACUUUGACGGACGGAGCCUGCUGGCGUACCGCUUCGAGCACAAGGUGCGGCGGACGCGCAAGGAUGUGGUGUCGCUGCGGAUGCGCACGAAGCGCAGCGAUGGCGUGCUGCUGCACGGGGAGGGCCAGCGGGGAGGUGGCCUCACCCUCCAGAUCCACAGGGGACGGCUGAACCUGCACCUGCGUUUCGGGCGAGACCUCAUUGGAAUGGAAGGAGAUGCGGGCGAGGGCAUGGGUUACAUCACAGUGAGCGCUGGCAGCCUCCUUGAUGAUCAGCACUGGCACGAUGUGACCAUCACGAGAAGCGGUCGUCACGGAAACCUGACGGUGGACCGCCACAUGCAGCGCUUUCAGGUCAUGGGAGACUACGAAUCUCUCGACCUUGAUUAUCAGCUGAGCUUUGGCGGGCUCCCGUUUGGAGGCAAGCCAGGGAACAGGGCUCACCCCAACUUCCUUGGAUGCAUGGAGAACGUGUACUACAAUGGCGAGGACGUCACGGACCUAGCGCGCCGUGCCAAGCCCCAGAUUCACAUCACUGGCAACGUAAUGUUCGGAUGCCCGGCGGAGGUCGCACUCAUUCCCGUCACGUUCCCCAGCCCUGGUGGGUACUUGGCGCUGGCUGGCCACUUGCUGUGGCCCAACCACGCACAGCCUCAGAUCCAGUCGCUGGGGCUGCAGUUCCGCACGUGGGACGCCACAGGGCUGCUGCUGCAGGUGGUGUCGGUGGCGCAAGGCCACGGCGUGGAGGGCCUGCGCUUGGCCCUGAGCGAGGGGAAGCUGCACAUGACCUCCUCUCUCAAUCUCCAAGGGCGCACCGAGCUCUUCCUAGUUACUGGCUCCUCGCUGAACGAUGGGGAGUGGCACGGGGUGACGCUGCAGGCGCGCGACGACUCUCUGCUCGUUAUGGUGGACGGGCGCGAGCACUUCGUCAUGCUCUCUCCAGUACUGCACCUCAUCGCAGGAAACGCCUACUAUUUUGGUGGGCACCCACAGUCUGCUGUGGCCCCUUUCCUGGGCUGCAUGCGGCUCAUUCACAUGGACAACCAGCCAGUGGAUAUCACGCUGCUCCAGCAGGGCCUGCUGGGCACCUUCAUCAACGUGCACUUUGACUUGUGUGGGCUCACUGACAGGUGCCUGCCCAAUCACUGCGAGCACGGAGGGCGCUGCAUGCAGACGUGGGGAGGCUUCUCAUGUGACUGCCAAGGCACCAGCUACACCGGCAGCACCUGCCACACGCCUGCCUACGAACUGUCAUGUGAGGCAUACAAACACCUGGGCCGGGCAUCUGGGCACUACUGGGUGGACCCUGAUGGCAGUGGUCCUCUUGGGGCCCUUCUGGUGUUUUGCAAUAUGACAGAGGACAAGGUGUGGACCACCGUGACCCACGAAAAUAUGGAGAAGACGGUCGUGCAGGGCGCCAGCGUCACGCAGCCUUUCCUUGUGAUGUUCACCUAUGGCGCCACCGCAGAACAGCUGGCGGCCAUUGUGGCCUCGGCUGAGCACUGCCAGCAGGAGGUGGCCUACUACUGCAAGCGCUCUCGCCUGUUCAAUGCCCCAGAUGGGGAGCCGCACACCUGGUGGGUGGGACAAACUCAUGAAAAACAGCGCUACUGGAGUGGCGCUGUCCCCAGGGUGCAGAAGUGCGCCUGUGGCAUUACCAAGAACUGCUCCGACCCCAAGUUUGUUUGCAACUGUGACGGAUAUCUGUAUCUCUGGAAAGAAGACUCGGGGCUUUUGGGAUAUAAAUCCAAUUUACCCAUUUUGCAACUGAUCAUCAGUGACACGAACAGGAGCGACUCAGAAGCCGCCUAUCGAGUGGGACCAUUGCGCUGUCACGGGGACAGGCACUUCUGGAACGCGGCAUCCUUCAGCACCCACAGAUCCUAUUUGCACUUCCCGCCGGUCCAUGCCGAGACGAGCCUCGACAUCACGUUCCUUUUCAAAACGUCGGCUGAAUCCGGAGUCUUUCUGGAGAACAUGGGGACUCAUGAUUUUAUACGAGUGCAGCUCAAGUCGCCGUACGAGGUGAGCUUCGGCUUUGACGUUGGGAACGGGCCGGUGGAGAUGGUCGUGCGGUCAGGGCAGCCACUCAACGACGAGGAGUGGCACGCAGUGAGCGUCGAGCGCAGCCUCAAGGAGGCGAGCGUGCGCGUCGAUCGCCUGCCUCGGGAGGUGGCGUGGGUGCCUAGCCGUGGCCAUGCUCAUCUGCAGCUGAACAGCCAGCUUUACAUCGGCUCCUCCGUGUCCGGCGACAGCGGCUUCCUCGGCUGCGUCCGUUCGCUGCGAGUGAACAGCGUUAUGCUGGACCUGGAGGAACAGGCGCGGGUCACACCGGGGGUCAACCCCGGCUGCUCGGGCCACUGCCGCAGCUAUGGGGCACUGUGCCGCAAUGGAGGCCGCUGCGUGGAGCACUCGGUGGGCUACUCGUGCGACUGUUCCUCAUCUCCUUACGACGGGCCGUUUUGCACCACCGAGGUUGGUGGAUUUUUCGAAAGAGGAACCUGGGUGAGGUAUGAGUUCCAGGAUCCUCACAAGCUCUUGGCGUCCACCAGAAGUGACAAAGAUACCUUGCCAUUCGAGAGAGCCUCUGACAUGCCAAUCAGGGAACCCAGCGGCGAUCUCAUAUCUCCGAGAGCGCCCGUAAGCCUCGGGGAGCCUGCCGGUGACAGUGAGUCUGGGGAGAUGGCGCUGCUUGGCUUCAGCACCAGAACGGCACCGGCAAUGCUGCUGCACGUGAGCUCAAAAUCAGGGAGCUGCCUAACGGUCACACUGCAAAGCAACGGCAGCUUGCAGAUCAGAUAUUCACGCAAAGGGGGACAGAGAAUCAAAGUCAUUCAUCCUGAUCCACGCAGCAUGGCAGAUGGGCAGCCACACAGCCUGAACAUCACGCGUCAGGACAGCUUCGUCUACAUACAGUUGGAUCAUUACCCACAAGUCAAGCGCCAUCUAUGGGCUGGCCAGAAUCACUUCAACCCUUCUACACUUUUCCUCGGCAAGGUACCAGAUCUUGAUGUGAGCGAUCACGAGGUGCAGCAGGCCAACGUGCAGGGCUUUGUGGGCUGCCUCUCUCGCGUUCAGUUUAACUCUGCUGCUCCACUCAAGGCUGCCCUGAGGCAGCGAUCGCUGUACAUUGAGCAGCACUCCUCCUCGCCUGCUCCCAUCGCCUCCCCAGUGUUCGUGCAAGGGCGGCUGGUGGAGUCCACCUGCAUGGCAUUAUCCAUGACCACCGUGCCCCCCACCACUAGCACGGACCUCUGGUCUUUGCCGGUGACAACUUCAUUUGUGUCAAGAGAAGAUGGGAAACCCCAGAGCAGUCCCAUCAGCAGCAACACGGCCGUUGUUGGUGGAGUCAUUGCCAUGUCCAUCCUGGUGAUCCUGUGCAUGCUCGCGCUCAUCGGCCGGUACCUGUUUCACCACAAAGGCACCUAUCGCACAAACGAAGCCAAAGGCCUGGAGGCUGCCUCCACAACGCUGCAGAGUGAAGACCCCAACUUCCCGGAGAGCCUCAGUGAGAGUAGGAAGGAGUACCUCAUUUGACGAACACUGACUCUCAACUUUUCCCCUUCCACCAACUGUGUUGUCCCUAUGAUGGCUUUCGUGUCACCCCCUCAACCACAUGCAGUCUCUCUUCUCUCUUGACACUCUGCACCUCCCUCUCUGUGGCAUUAUUUUCCCUUUGCUAAGGAUAUUAACUGUGUAUUAAAAUGAAGUGCUAUUGUGCUUUUCUCAUGAGAUGUUGAGCAAAUGUUUACUGUCAUUUCUGAAAUGUCCCCAAAUGCAUUUUGUUAUUAUGUUAUCUAGUAAUAAAUAAACAAUAUUUGUUCAUCAGACAUUGCACACCUUAUUUUUGCAUAUCACAGAUAAUCACAGAUGCACCAGAAUUAAAAAAUUAUUUUAAUCGAGAUAGCAUGAAUUCACAUGAAACAUUUUUCACGUGCUUCAUAUAUGUGUAUCACUUGAAGGCCUCAAUUAAAAAUCAGACAUUUCGCACCUGUUGUACCAAUACCACGAAACCGAUUUUCCUCUGCAAGAUGCCAUCAUUACCGUUGGAAGUUGUAGAUGAUCUGUAUCCACAAGAUUAUAGUUAGUAAUGUGUAACAUAAAAGUGUUACAUUAAAGAUCCAUUUAACUUGUGUAUAAAGUAUAUAUUUUAAUCUCAAAUAGGUCAUAACAAGGUUCAUACAAUCAACAUUUUUAUUUUGGCUACUAAAGGUUGUAGAAUAACUUGUUUUGUGUGUUUGACCAUGAUUUGUUUAAUCACACCAAUCUAAUCUGGUUUAUGCCAAACUCUUUUUUUUACAUCCAUUGCGUUCAAUAUAUGAGGUAAGAUUUGUAUUAUGCAGAAAUUAGAUUUAUUUUGGCCAUUCACCUCACCUCUUCCUGUAAUAUUACUGCACAAGCAGCAGCUAUUCAUGGUGAACACAGAUCAGGUAUUCAUGGUGAAUACAGAUUUUGUCGAAAAUAUGGGUGAGGAAAAUUUCCAUUUUAACGAGGUCUUGGGUCUGGUUAUAUUUUUUAUUACAUGGUUUCCUAUCGUUAAUAUCAGCAACUGCAGAUUCAGGGUUUUAAUUGCAACUAAUCGAACAAUAAAACAAUACUUUCCAAAAACAUAUUGCGAUCACUAAAAUAACUGGACCCAUGACUCAGGAUCUUAGUUGGUAUAGCCUUAAAUAUUUACUUUUUAUUAAGUAUAAUUGUUCAAUUGCUUUAAGAUAAGUUAUGUACUUAAAUCUGCUAUCUGCUGCUGACUUUUAGUCAUCCAUUUUCAUAAUUAAAUGUUGGACAGCACAAGAGGUGUGGUUGUUGCACUUUUGUUGAGUAUACACAAUUACAUUUAAACAGACAUGUUUAAAGGAAAAAUGCAUACGCAAUCGUUUGACGGGUACUCAUGAAUAAUUAAAAUAACAGGUUUUACCAUCCAUCACCUGAA